CCACACUGGAGGAUCUUUAGAAGAACAGGGUCAAAGCCUUUGUUUCCGUUUCCGGGUCAACGAUAUCCUUCACAAACAGGUGAAAUGUUGACCCGACUGCCGCGGCUCGGGCUCUCUUUGCCCCGGUUACUCCGUAACCACCCGGUUCGGUUCGUCUCCCAGUCAAAACCCAGCGGUGCUGCCGGUGUGGCUGCAGUGACGGAGCUGCACCCUCCUGCGGAGAAGAGCGAUCACGGGGAGGUCAGCCCGUAUGUCAAGAAUCCAGACUACCAUGGCUUCUCGGACGACCCUGUGGUGGAUGAGUGGAACAUGAGAGUGGGCUUCUUCUUCGGCAUCUCAGUGGCUCUUGUUAUCGGAGGGGCAUUUAUCCACUAUUUACCAGACCAUGGCAUGCGAGAGUGGGCCAGGAGGGAGGCGGAGCGUGUGAUCGUGCAGAGAGAGCAGGAGGGUGUUCCUCUUUUAAGCGAGUACUACUACGACCCAAACAAGAUUGUUGUCCCCGGCUCUGGAGAGGAGUAGGAUCAAACAUCCACCUUCUGUAUUUCAUGAUUAUUGUAUUUCACUCUGAGAGAAUAAAUGAUUCUAUAUGUACAUA